UCAGAGUUGUCAUAGCAACGGGCCGGACAGACGGUGGCCGGGGAGAGUGAUGAUCCGGGGCUGAGAGCCGAACCGGAGAGCGGACAGAGGCGUCUAUGGGGAGCGGCGGAGGAGGCGGGACCGACAAGUUUCACUGUAUCCUGUAGGUGGCCAGAAACAUGACAUUGAUUAAAGGCUCCUUCACCUAUUCCAAUGGUGAGGAAUAUCACGGAGAAUGGAGAGAAGGUAGAAGACAUGGAAUUGGCCAGCUGUUGUUUACUGAUGGAUCCGGCUACGUCGGCCUGUUUGAAAAUGGACUUUUUAAGGGGUAUGGGGUUUUAUCCUUCCCGGACGGCUCAAGAUACGAAGGAGAAUUCAUUCAAGGGAAGUUCCAUGGCGUUGGAGUCUUUACUCGCUACGACAACAUGAAGUUUGAGGGGGAAUUUAAAGGCGGCCGGGUAGAAGGAUAUGGCCUGUUAACCCUUCCUGACGGUUCCCAUGGGAUCCCAAGAAACGAAGGUCUCUUUGAGAAUAACAAACUGGUGAAGAGAGAGAAAUGUCAAGCGGUGAUCCAGAGGGCCAUAAGUGCCUCCAAAGCCUCCUGCUGCCUGGUAGUCAACCAAAUCUGACGGGACCGCGUCACUCCGACGAGACCGCGUCACUCCGACGAGACGGCCGCUCCUCUUCUCACAUCCUACAAGUGCACUCACUUUUUUUUUUUCUUUUACGUGUUUACACUGCUUGCUGGUAAAAGCAGACAUAAGCGACUGCUGUUUUUUCAGGAGCUCCUCUUCUUGUUCCAUGCUUUGUAGCUUGGGGCCCCCUAUAUAUGUAAGAUGAGGUUACGGGGGGGGGGGGGAUUGAGGGCUUCUGAAGUUGUGUUGCUGCUGACACUUCCAAGUUCAGUAGAACUUUACACAGUGCCUCCCUAGAAAGAGAGACCACCUCUGCUUCUGGAAGGAAUAGAUGAGAUGGGGGGUAGCUGCUGACUGUACAUGUAUAUUCUCCCCAUAUAAUGUAUGUUUUUGCACUAUUUUAUUUAACGGAUUGCAGAAAGUUUGGGUUUAUUCAUCCCUUUUAUUGGUCAAAGAAAAUAAGAAUAAGCACAAGGCACAUUCAUUCUCUUCAGUGAGAUGUGUCCCUUGUGCUGCCCCUAUUCAGCAGAAGUCUUCCUCCUCGGAUGACCCCCCCUCCAUUCUCUCUGCUCAGUUGUGCACCUCAAACCCACCCGGCUUACCUUUUGGACCCCAACACGCCGCAAACAUCUGAACCUCGCAACCUCUUCUGCUCACCUCUGCACCCCGAUCCUGCAUUGCUUACCUUUGGACCCCACUAUUCUCUGCACCCGAAAACCUUCUGCACACAUCCUCUUCCAUACCUCUAUGCCUCUUCUCUCAUCUUAGAUCCCCUGCUUGUCCCCCCAAUCCCACCCGCUUACCUUUUUGGACCCCAACACGCAAACAUCUGCACCUCGCAACCCCUUCUGCUCACCUCUGCACCCCGAUCCUGCAUUGCUUACCUUUGGACCCCACUAUUCUCUGCACCCUAAAGCCUUCUGCUCACCUCUGCACCCAGCCUCUUCUCUCAUCUUAGAUCCCCUGCUUGUCCCCCCAAUCCCACCUUGCUUACCUUUUGGACCCCAACCCCCCCCGCCCCUCUUACCUCUGUUCCUUAUGUUUCUUAUCAGACCCCCCUUUUCCACUCACUUCUACACCCAGCCCCCCUCUUGGCUCGCCUUUGUGCCCCACUCUUGCUGCUAACCUAUGCACCCCAACCCUUCCUCUAUUCCUUACCUCUGUGCCCCCUCCCUCAGAUUCCCCCCC